UCCAGUCACAAUUUAAAAAUUUUAUAACUUUAGCAUAUAGAUAAGUUCUACUUGUAUUUCCUAUAUAGUUUAGGAUAUAAAAGACAGAGUAAAUGAUAGUUUCCAAUAAUAUGUCUAUGCACAAUGUUCAAUAGGUAUCAAUGGACUUCAACUUCAUCUGACAACAGUGAACAGUCAACAGUGCUAAGGUAAAAGGUUUUGUGUGCAAAUAUCUUUCAAUUCUCUACAAAAAUGAGCCGAAGUCCAGCAGCUAAUUUAUCAAUAGCUUCAUUAGAACAUGAUGUGAGUGGCGACGUGGAAACGGUGAAAGAGAAAAAAUACUGCAAAGAAUUAUUGAAGUCGCGAAUAUUCUUGGGCCGUUAUUUAGAAAGGAGAUUAAUUGACCAGCGCAUCGGUUAUCGUGAUAUCGUGCUUGUUAGUGCGGCAGAGGUCGAAUUAAAGAGAGACUUAUUAGAAGCGCAACACAAGCUGCGACUUGCCUGCCCCAAAAUACAUUGGAUAGGAAUAACAGAUUCGGAUGCGGCCGGCUGCGGGGCUUCCGGUGUUUGUAUUUGGACCGAAAUUGAAAACCAACCAUUUGGACCGUUCUGGUUUCAAAUUAAAAGUCUUAAGUUCCGAGAGGAUGAAAUUAUUGUCACUCUGAAGUGUCUCAGGCAUAUAUCAGAUGCAUUCAUAGAACUAGAACCCAUAUUGACUGGAUCAACCAAGAAAAUCAAGGACACGGCGAAUACUAAUCUUGAUAAUAGCAUUGUGUCAUUAAAUGAAACCUACACUGAAAUAGUUGGAAGCCUCAAAGGUGUUUUGUCUGUAACCAAUGUGAAAGAAUUCAUAACAUUCUUUUUUGCUUUUGUUAUAGCUAUAUUCACAGGCAGUACCUCCUUUGUUAACUUUUUGGGGAGUUUUAUAUUGGCUCUGAUAAGGGAAAUUUCAAUAUUUGUAAAAAAUUCAACACCUAUGUUUUUGGGAUUGUUGGACUUUUUCAGUAAAAUAAUUGGAGGGUUUUAUAUCCUGCUAGCAAUGUUCUUCAAACAAAAUGCUCCACCAACAAGCAAAAGAGCUAUCACAUACCAUGAUAGACAAAGGAGAAGCAACAAUUACGAUGAUAGGUAUUUUGACUGAGUUUAUAUUGAUAGCUGGAUAAGGUUUCAUUAUUUAGAUCUCAUUGAGAGUAUUGAAAGAUAUUUAAUUUUAUAGGAAACGGCAAGUAAUUCUUCAGAAUAUUGCAUUUUACAGACAAUUUUAAUGUUGAAAACAUUCCGUUUUACAUUUUCCAUAUACAUAUUUUAUUCUGAAGUUGAAUCUCUGAAGUUUUAUUUUUAUUUGUUUUUUAAAUGAGAAACGAUAAUGUGUUAAACAUGUAUUUAAUAACAUUUACACAUAAGCUUUGUGAUGGUGAUAAUAAUUUAGCCUUGUGAUGUAUUCAUGCAUUUUUACUGACAAUAUAUUGCUUUUAUUAGA